GAAGAAGCAAUCAAACUUAAGCAGUCUCACGAGUCACGACCUAGUUCAAGGACUUAGUCAGUAACUAUCAUCAUCUCCAAAGCUCUCUGUGCAUGUCCAACGUUAACGGGCUCCCUCUGCUCAGUGGUCCUCCACCAGCGCCUUCCACAGGUCGUGCGCAGAACGCCUGUAGGAAAUGUAACAAGGAAUUCAUCUUCAUAAUUACACGCUCAACCCGCUGUAAUCAUUGUGGCUACUUAUAUUGUUCGAGCUGCGCAGACUACCAAGCGCUCAUGCCCCGCCAUGGCGCAGCAUCUGGCUAUGAUCAAGUUCACGUUUGUGCAUUCUGUAUCGAGUUUCUGAAUAUAACAGCUUCUAGUAGAAACCAGCUCAAACUCCUACCUCUCUCCACCCUUCGCCGCUAUGUCACCGCGUAUGAUAUCCCCGUCAAAGGCCCUAUCGAUAAGAAUGACCUCGUGGAUGCCAUCAUCGCUGUAAAGACACCAAUAGGCACGCUCCCUCCCUCAAAUGAAGCUCAUUACCGUACUCAUGGUGUCCCCAAACACCGUUCCUCGCGCCCUCGCGGACUUUUCAGCACCCGUCCUCCACCCCCGACUCACCAACAAACGUUCACACCACCACCACCCGUCUUCUCCCGUCCUGAUCUUGACCCUGAACCAGCAUCGUAUAGAACCUAUACCUCCAACUCCACAAGACAGCGCCAGACACCCCCUACGCCGCCCCAGCCCCAACCCCCUCCACAGCCACGAUUUAGGACGACCUCGCAGCCACAAACGCCGUCUCGAUCAGCGCCCCGCUCCACUCCACGCCCAUCUCCAGCGUCUACUGCCAGUCCACCUCCGCGCCCAUCAACUGCGCCUCGCUCACCACCUCAGCCAUCCACGCCGCAGCCCCCGCCCCCACUCUCUGCUCUCCUGGCAAUGUCCUCGUCGUCACUCUCGCGAUUGCCCAUUCACACGCUGAAACAGAUACUGUUUGAGGCACGUGUGCGUUUGCCCGCUGAUGUCCUUGAGAAGGAAGAACUCGUGGCGCGUGUCAUUGCCUGGUUGGAAGAGGAGAGAACAGCAGCGGAGGAAAGGGACAUCAUGGAAAGAGAUGAAAGGGAACAAGAAGAGAGAGAGAGGCAAGAAGAAGCAGAGAGAGUGAGGGUUGAGGCGGAAAGGUCAUUCAUGGAGACACAGUCAACCGGGCCAGAAGACGCCCAUAUGCAUGCCUCUGCUGAAAAUGUCGAGAUACAUGACGAGUCGCAACAACAUCCUCCGCCACCGCAUCCUCUGCCACCUUCCACCUCUCCACCACCACCACCUAGGACGACGCUUGCGGAACGUUCGGGUUUAUGCGUGAUAUGCCAGGACCAGGAGGCCAAUAUCGCAAUCGUGGAUUGCGGACAUCUAGCGAUGUGUCGUGCCUGCUCUGAUUUAGUACUCGCAUCAUCUCGCGAGUGUCCGCUCUGUCGCACCCGCAUUGUCACAGAAGCUCGACUUUUACGGAUAUUCAAGACAUAGGCCUACUUUCAAAUUCGCAGAUCAGGAAUUUAACUCUGGUAUCACUGUACAUUUAGGGAGGUUGCAAUUGUGCACCGUGCCCAAUCAUGAUGUGCUAGAUAUGCGGAUCAUGUUAUACUGUUUUUUUGUGCGUGCGUAAGAUAUAGCGACGGGUAUCAAGUAGAAC